CCGUGGCAGAGUAGUUUUCACGCUCCGGAGGUGUUUUACAGGUGGACUCGGAUCGAGUAGACACUGGAGCGGAUUCCGCCCCAGUGUUCGAGAGGAGAACCUACACAACCACCAAUUAUUUUAUCAGCAUUACUUAGAUUUUGGACGCUGUGAAGAAUUGCCAAUGAAGAAGGAAUAAUAACAGGACGAAAAUCUAACAUCUGGAUUCAAAGAACCACGGCAGAGGCGCAAUGCAAGUUUCUUACCCUCACGUGAACGCCUGAGUAUUUUUUUUUAGGGAUAUCGAUCAUGCAUGAAGAGAGAUAAGAGAGGACGUUCUGAAUUGCUAUAUUGAUCAAGAAAUUGUACGACUCGUCAACGACAGAAGGAGUAUUGCAUUGAUUAUGAGAACGAUUGAGGGACAAUAUAAUAAUAUAAACACAGCUGUAGAUAAAACUCAUAGGGAAAAUAAACUAUUUUAUAUUUUUCUCUGCCUCUCUCUACCCCGCACAAGGGAAAAGCGAAUGUUAAACCAGGGAAGAUGCCUUGGCGUAUUGUAUUGUUUCACACGAGUCUUCGCCUGCAGUUUAAACAUGAUUACGGAAUCAGCCUGGCGUCUUUCUGUUCUGUGUAUGUAAUGUUAUGAAGGCUAUCGUUGCCUGCGGAGGGCCCUGUCCAAGUCGCAUUUGACUAGACUCCCUCUGUCUGCGCCAGCGCAAUGGCUACAUGAUAUUUAAUAAAUGAGAUCACUUUGUUCCUUUUAGGUGUAGAGACAAACAAAACCACAUGAAGAAAAACAUGAUUGAAAUAACAACAACUAACAUUUAUUUACUACAUAAGUAAAGCGACUAAUAUAACAUGAUGAUAUCAAACACAAUUUUAAUGAAAGUUUAUAUAGUGUUCUGAUCGUAUUAACAUUGAGGAAUGACUGAAAGUUGAAUUGCGCUCUCCAAGGCACCAGUGAAUGCUUUUCAGCACCAGAAAAAAGGACAGCUCCUGUCAUGACAAGCAAACGAAAACAUUGUGCAAGUCAGCCUACAAUGCAAUAAGUAUCACUUAGAUGAGAUGCUGCACCAUCGCACCAACACUGCCUGGUAUGGCAACUGCUCGGCCUCUGACCGCAAGGCACUACAGAGGGUAAUGCGAAUGGCCCAGUACGUCACUGGGGCCAAGCUUCCUACCAUUCAGGACUUCUAUACCAGGCGGUGUCAGAGGAAGGCCCUAAAAAUUGUCAAAGACUCCAGCCACCCUAUUCAUAGACUGUUCUCACUGUUACCACACGGAAAGCGGUACCGGAGCGCCAAGUCUAGGUCCAAGAGGCUUCUAAACAGUUUCUACCCCAAGCCAUAAGACUCCUGAACAUCUAGUCAAAUUAAUAUCCAGACUAUUUGCAUUGCCCACCCCCCUCUCCACCCCACUGCCACUAUCUGUUGUAAUCUAUACAUAGUCACUUUAAUUAACUGUACCUACAUGUACAUACUACCUCAACUAACCGGUGCCCCCGUACAUUGACUCUGUACCGGCACUCCCCUGUAUAUAUUGUUAUUUUUUACUGUUGCUCUUUAAUUACUUGUUACUUUUAUGUCUUAUUCUUGUCCAUAUUUUUUGAAACGGCACUGUUGGUUAGGGGCUCGCAUGUGACUAAAACAAUUUGAUUUUAUUUGAUUUGAGACAAGAUUCUGUUGCCACAUGACUCUGCUUCAGUAAAAGCACAAGUGGGAGUUUCAAAACCUCCAGCAGUUCUAUUGAACUAACAAGCAAGGCGGUCACAGCUUGGACAAAAGGCAUGUCAAAGUGAACACACAUACCCUGAACGGAAAUCUCUCCCAAAGCUCUAUUUUUUCCAACAUCCCAUCCCCUUAUCACAUUCGAUGUGUUAGUUUGAAGUUCUGCAAUCUUGUGAGAGGAUAAUUGUCCCUUUCCUGCUUUGGGGAUGCAUAUAGGUAUUGAGGCCAGGUGGAGAAGGUGGGAAGCCUCAGGGAAAGUGUUAAGUAUGAGCUGCAGUAGUUUAUGUGUCGGGGGGCUAGGGUCAGUCGGUUAUAUCUGGAGUAUUUCUCCUGUCUUAUCCGGUGUCCUGUGUGAAUUUAAGUAUGCUCUCUCUAAUUCUCUCUUUCUCUCUUUCUUUCUUUCUCUCUCUGUCUCAGAGGACCUGAGCCCUAGGACCAUGACUCAGGUCUAUCUGGCACGAUGACUCCUUACUGUCCCCUGUCCACCUGGCCGUGCUGCUGCUCCAGUUUCAACUGUUCUGCCUGCGGCUAUGGAACCCUGACCUGUUCACCGGAUGUGCUACCUGUCCCAGACCUGCUGUUUUCAACUCUCUAGAGACAGCAGGAGCGGUAGAGAUACUCUCAAUGAUCAGCUAUGAAAAGCCAACUGACAUUUACUCCUGAGGUGCUGACUUGUUGCACCCUCAACAACUACUGUGAUCAUUAUUAUUUGACCAUGCUGGUCAUUUAUGAACAUUCAGUCAUCUUGGCCAUGUUCUGUUAUAAUCUCCACCUGGCACAGCCAAAAGAGGACUGGCUCAUAUCCCCCUCAUAUCCUGGUUCCUCUCUAGGUUUCUUCCUAGGUUUUGGCCUUUCUAGGGAGUUUUUCCUAGUCACUGUGCUUCUACACCUGCAUUGCUUGCUGUUUGGGGUUUUAGGCUGGGUUUCUGUACAGCACUUUGAUAUAUCAGCUGAUGUAAGAAGGGCUAUAUAAAUAAAUUGGAUUUGAUUUGAUCAGGAACAUUUCACCAGAGAAAUCUCAUGCACUGCAAAACUAGACCCACCCACACAAAUAAGCUCUUUUAAAGACUGCAGUUUUCCAUAAUACGCACGCACAACGCACGCACGACGCACGCACGACGCACGCACGCACGCACACACACACACGCAGUGAGACAGUGAGGCAGUGCAUGUUCCACCAAGGUGUAUGGCAUCAAAUCAGCGUGCGAGAUGGCGCUGUCGAGCAAGAUUAAACAUCAUUGAGCAAGCAAACACUGAGUCAAGAGUGCAGAGGAUGGUUCCCGCAAGCAGAGGAUGAGUACCACGAGUGCACAGACCAGUAGAGAGCGCAGAAUGUUGUCGAGCGAGCAGAGGAUGGGUCCUUCAAGCACAUAGGCAGAUGAUUGGUACAGCUCGCCUCAAUCCGGCAUAUUAUGUUAUCACUUAUGUGGCUAAAGUAUUAUCCAUAGUUGCCUCUUUUGAUACAGCAGCAGUCUUUAAAUGGACUGUUACCUUGAAUGCAACACUAACAUGUUAAAACGUGUCAACUCCAAAUGAACUCUGUCUAUGACAUUUCCUGACAUCAUAUUUUUACUGUCUCUCACUGCAGUUGUUUUCCCAGGAGACAGAUCAGGGUGUGUGUAGAAAACAUGUCCGACAAGGUCUCGUCUAGUUCAUUGCCCUGGACCACUACACCUUUGAGGCGGAGGGAAUGCUGAGCCAUCGCCGCUCCAUAUUUCAUGUAUCCAUUUGUUUUGUCUUGUUCCCUGCACACCUGGUUUUCAUUCCCCAAUCAAUCUACAUGUAUUUAUUCCUCUGUUCCCCAUCAUGUCUUUGUGUAAGAUUGUUUGUGUUAUGUGUGUGUUGUUGACGCACCAGACUGACUUGUUUUUUCCGUGUUAUUUUUCCCGAAGAUGUUUAUUGUUAAACAUAAUUCUUGUGACUGUUUUGCGUGUUUUUCACUUUUGCCUACAUAAAGUGUCCGCCUGUUCACAAAUCUCUGCUCUCCUGCACCUGACGUCGCUACCAGUAUGCACACAUAUGACAGGACCAGUGGGAGGAGGUGUCGAUGACAGUGAUGCCUCCCAGUGUGAUCUUAACAAACAGCCUCUGUGCCAACACCAUGCCUGAUGAUGACAACCAAAUGAUAUUCUUCCACCCUGGAUCACAAUAUCCCAAGACCAGCAUUGAGGCAGGAAUGGACUACACUGUUCGUCUGAGCUUGCCCCUCUACUCUGCACUUAGUGAUGUCCAGUCCCCAUACACACUCAUCGACUUGAACCUGGAGAUCUUCACUGGUUUUGAGGGAGGUGAAGUGGCCACCAACAGUGCCUGGGAUACAUUCCAGCAUUACCGCUGUCUGGAGAACAACCAGAGCGUGGUCAAGAUCGCCUCCACUGACAUCUUCCGCAACAACAUCUUUAGUGUUUCAGCUCUGCUGCACCCGGGAUCUAAAGGUUUCUGAGGACAGAGUGAGAGACUGAGACGUUCGGUAAUGGAAAGAGACAGUGAGAACCAGUGGGAGGGAGGGAGUAGAGGAACACAAGGGUUGGAAAGGUGAGGCGAAUGAGAGUGAGAGUGAGUGUGGACACUUUUAAGAAGAUGUGUCAGAGACAUGAGAAACACAAAGAUAUCAUUGGCAGUGUUUGAUGGAAUAUUUACUUUAAGACAACACGGAAGUGAAACUGUAAAUCAAGGAAAAACAAUUAGUGUGUAUACAGCCACAUGCACACAAACCCACACAAACCCACACAAACACACAGACACACACUCCUGACAGCUUUGACGAGGAGGAGUGUGCAAUGUUUUAUAAAUUCUCCAUGUAAAAUGCUGAAUAUUUUGAUAUCUGCCACAAGUGUCACAGCCAAAUCAAGACUCCUCAUGAGAUAGUAACAGUAUACAUGUUAGUACCCUGCUCUGAGUGGCAUCUGAUCCGAUGCUUUUUAAGACACCAUGUUGUCCAUUUCCCACACAGUGCAGCCAUCAGUGUACUAGGGGGAAAAACUGCCUCAUAAAUAUACAUGGUUGUUUCUCUAGUAUGAACAAACAAGGAAGCAUCCCUGCUAACAAUUCUAGGGGGGAGACGUUUUGGUAACGUUACCCAUAAUGCUCCCCUGAUGUUUGAGUCUCCAGUCUUCCAUAAGUUAGGGGAACAUUCUAUCUAUGUUAGUAAAAACCUUCUAAAAACAUUUUUUGAAUGUUUUGGUGUUAAAGUUAGGAGAACAUUCCCGUGAUAUGCAGCUGUUCAGGGAAGCUAGAAACCAUUAUACACAGGCAGUUAGAAAAGCCAAGGCUAGCUUUUUCAAGCAGAAAUUUGCUUCCUGCAACACUAACUCAAAAAAGUUCUGGGACACUGUAAAGUCCAUGGAGAAUAAGAACACCUCCUCCCAGCUGCCCACUGCACUGAAGAUAGGAAACACUGUCACCACUGAUAAAUCCACCAUAAUUGAGAAUUUCAAUAAGCAUUUUUCUAUGGCUGGCCAUGCUUUCCACUACUCCUACCCUGGUCAACAGCACUGCACCCCCAACAGCAACUCGCCCAAACAUUCCCCAUUUCUCCUUCUUCCAAAUCCAUUCAGCUGAUGUUCUGAAAGAGCUGCAAAAUCUGGACCCCUACAAAUCAGCCGGGCUAGACAAUCUGGACCCUUUCUUUCUAAAAUUAUCUGCCGAAAUUGUUGCCACCCCUAUUACUAGCCUGUUCAACCUCUCUUUCGUGUAGUCUGAGAUUCCCAAAGAUUGGAAAGCAGCUGCGGUCAUCCCCCUUUUCAAAGGGGGGGACACUCUUGACCCAAACUGCUACAGACCUAUAUCUAUCCUACCAUGCUUUUCUAAGGUCUUUGAAAGCCAAGUCAACAAACAGAUUACCGACCAUUUCGAAUCUCACCAUACCUUCUCUGCUAUGCAAUCUGGUUUCAGAGCUGGUCAUGGGUGCACCUCAGCCACACUCAAGGUCCUAAACGAUAUCUUAACUGCCAUCGAUAAGAAACAUUACUGUGCAGCCAUAUUCAUUGAUCUGGCCAAGGCUUUCGACUCUGUCAAUCACCACAUCCUCAUCGGCAGACUCGACAGCCUUGGUUUCUCAAAUGAUUGCCUCGCCUGGUUCACCAACUACUUCUCUGAUAGAGUUCAGUGUGUCAAAUCGAAGGGUCUGCUGUCCGGACCUCUGGCAGUCUCUAUGGGGGUGCCACAGGGUUCAAUUCUUGGACCGACUCUCUUCUCUGUAUACAUCAAUGAGGUCGCUCUUGCUGCUGGUGAGUCUCUGAUCCACCUCUAUGCAGACGACACCAUUCUGUAUACUUCCGGCCCUUCUUUGGACACUGUGUUAACAUCCCUCCUGGCAAGCUUCAAUGCCAUACAACUCUCCUUCCAUUUGCUCUUAAAUACAAGUAAAACUAAAUGCAUGCUCUUCAACCAAUCGCUACUUGCACCUACCCGCCUGUCCAACAUCACUACUCUGGACGGCUCUGACUUACUCUGAAUACGUGGACAACUACAAAUACUUAGGUGUCUGGUUAGACUGUAAACUCUCCUUCCAGACCCAUAUCAAACAUCUCCAAUCCAAAGUUAAAUCUAGAAUUGGCUUCCUAUUUCGCAACAAAGCAUCCUUCACUCAUGCUGCCAAACAUACCCUUCUAAAACUGACCAUCCUACCAAUCCUCGACUUUCGCGAUGUCAUUUACAAAAUAGCCUCCAAUACCCUACUCAACAAAUUGGAUGCAGUCUAUCACAGUGCAAUCCGUUUUGUCACCAAAGCCCCAUAUACUACCCACCAUUGCGACCUGUAUGCUCUCGUUGGCUGGCCCUCGCUUCAUACUCGUCGCCAAACCCACUGGCUCCAUGUCAUCUACAAGACCCUGCUAGGUAAAGUCCCCCCUUAUCUCAGCACGCUGGUCACCAUAGCAUCUCCCACCUGUAGCACACGCCCCAGCAGGUAUAUCUCUCUAGUCACCCCCCAAACCAAUUCUUUCUUUGGCCGCCUCUCCUUCCAGUUCUCUGCUGCCAAUGACUGGAACGAACUACAAAAAUCUCUGAAACUGGAAACACUUAUCUCCCUCACUAGCUUUAAUCAGAGCAGCUCACAGAUUACUGCACCUGUACAUAGCCCACCUAUGAUUUAGCCCAAACAUAUUUAAUUUAUUGAUUUAUUUUGCUCCUUUGCACCCCUUUAUUUUUAUUUCUACUUUGCACAUUCUUCCAUUGCAAAAUUACCAUUCCAGUGUUUUACUUGCUAUAUUCUAUUUACUUUGCCACCAUGGCCGUUUUGGCCUUUACCUCCCUUCUCACCUCAUUUGCUCACAUUGUAUAUAGACUUGUUUAUACUGUAUUAUUGACUGUAUGUUUGUUUUACUCCAUGUGUAACUCUGUGUCGUUGUAUCUGUCGAACUGCUUUGCUUUAUCUUGGCCAGGUCGCAAUUGUAAAUGAGAACUUGUUCUCAACUUGCCUACCUGGUUAAAUAAAGGUAAAAUAAAGGUAAAAACAUCAGCAAGACAAAGGAGCUGUUCGUGGACUACAGGAAACGGAGGGCCGGGCAUGCCUGCAUUCACAUCGAUGGGGCUGUAAUGGAGCAGGUCGAGAGCUUCAAGUUCCUCAGUGUCCACAUAACUAAGGAUUUAUCAUGGUCCACACACACCAACAUAGUCAUGAAGAAGGCACGACAAGGCCUCUACCCCCUCAGGAGGCUGAAAAGAUUUUGCAUGGGUCCUCAGAUCUUUUAAAUGUUUUAGAGCUGCACCAUUGAGAGCACCUUGACUGGCUGCAUCACCGCUUGGUGAUCCGACUGCAAGGCGCUACAGAGGGUAGUGCCUAUGGCCCAGGACAUAACUGGGGCUGAGCUCCUUGCCAUCCAGGACCUCUAUACCGGGUGGUGUCAGAGGAAAGCCAUAAAAAUUGUCAAAGACUCCUUACACUCUAUUCAUUGACUGUUUUCUCUGUUACCACAUGACAAGCGGUACCAAUGAACCAAGUCUGGAACCAACAGGAGCCUGAACAGCUUCUACAUCCAAGCCAUAAAUAGUUUGUUAAAUUGUUAACCAAAUAGCUACCCAGACUCUCUGCAUUGACGUUUCUUGCACUAACUUUCUUCACAUACACUGCUGCUACUGUUAAUUAUGUGUCACUUUAUUCCUAUAUAGUUACAGUAUAUGUACAUACACUACAUGGCCAAAAGUAUGUGGACACCUGCAGGAGCAUUGAAAAAAAUUUUAAAAAAAACUCCCGGGCCCCUAACAUAGAAAUCAGAGUGUUUCAGAUUAAAAUAACAUACUGAACAAUAUGUGUUAUUAAAUGUACUAACUAGAAGCUUCUGCUGCACUAUACUACAAUUGUGCAGAUACUAGUUUCCACCUUCAUCCUUCAAACAGUAUAGCAACCAUUUUUGAUUCCUAAUGUUUUAACAAAAGCUGUCUCUGUCAUGAUUUUUAUGAUGCUUUAAUAUAAAUACCUACACAAUUGGUGACAUAUUUUGUAAUAUAUGGUAUUGU